UUUAGGACCUUAGCCUACCUAGCGAUGUAAAUAAUAAAUAAUGUGAUGCUGUUUUGUUUUAUUUACAGGCCUACUUGGUGAACAGCCUUAGACAUUAUUAUCAAAACAGCAAAACUCUUCAAGCUGAAGAAUGGCAGAUGAUCUUGACGAUUUGCUGGAUGAAGUUGAAACAAAAUUUUGUGUUAAAAAGAAAUCAGAAACUUCGGCAUUAAAUUUGGAUAGAAGAAAGGGAAAGAAUGAAUUUGUUCAUGUUGACCAGAAACAGAAUCAAAGGAAACAUCAAAGGGUAAGAAGUAAACUAGAGGAAGAUGUUGAUGAUAUUUUAGGUUUGGAUGUAGAUCUAGAAAUUUCAGAAGAUGGCCAAGAAAAGCCAUGUGAAAAUAAGUCUUCUACUUCUAGUAUACAGUCAAACACUCCAUUCACUAUUCCUGCCAAAAAAUGUUUCCCUAUAUAUUUUGGAGGAACAUUGUGUGACCAGGGCUUGGGAAGUAGUGUAAAUAAAAGGAUAUGUGAUAAAUUACGCUGUACUUCAUGUGAUUUUAAAGUGGCUAUAUUCUCUGACUAUGAAUGGAAUCCAAAAACAGAUUAUCUUUUUCUACGUAAUAAUGCUCCAGAUUUUCAAAAAUUGAAAUCUAAUCUCAAAAGAAAGAAAGGGAGUUGUGCUUAUAGUUGUCAGUGUAGUUGGCAAAAUGUUCACGAACUUACAGAACUGAAAGAUCCAAAGUUAAAGUGGGUGUGUGGAAAACAUUGAUGAAAUUGUUUGUAAAGAAAGAAAAAAUUGCAGUCAAACACCAGAAAUAUAUACUUUUCAAAAAAAGUAGAGGAUAUUCAGAAACAAUACAAAACUGCAGAAAUGCACUGCUGUUUUUAUUUUAGAUAACCAGUGUAUGUUAAUAACAGGCCAAUUGCCUACACAUGAACAUAAACAGUUCAUAUGCGCGGCUUAUCUGACGGCCCCUCCCACGUGUACCGCCCUAUUGCGUGUCGCACGUACAGCUCAGUGGUUCUGUUGGGGUGUUAAGUUCUUCGUCUGUGAACAUACUCUCAAACCAUGUCAAAUGUCCAUGGCUAUUUAUCAUAUCGCAACCUGCAUAGGUAUUUGCAUUUCGGUAUCCCCUACUUUUUUUUGAAGAGUAUAUUAUAAUAUAGUCUUACUAUAUAGUUUUAAACCGUCCAUACUUUACAACUGUGAAACCCUCUCUACUUCCAAUGGGCACACUUUCUAAUUUGAUCUUUAUUUCAUUUAUAUACUUAUGUAAAGUCUGAUUUGAGAUUUGAGUCAUUGUGAUUGGCUAAAACAAUAUUUGCAAAAUAAAAAGCAUCUCUUCAUUGGCUAAAUGAGAGGUUAUGUCAGCUUAAUCCAACUAAACUUCUGAAGAUUGUUAGAUUAUAUUGCAGCCAGAAUGUUAACCCACAUACCGGUAAUUUAAAGAUAGUCAUCCAGGCAGUCAACAAAUAUUGUCGCAUAUUUUUUCUUUUGUCAGUAAUGAGAACAUUUACAACACAUGUAAAUCUGAUGACGAGUAAUAACCCAUCUAGUAAUUAAAUCAUAAGAAUGUGUUUCAAUUGUUUGUUUCAUGACCCUAAACAAUUUAUAUUAACUUUAGCCUCUAGAGUGAAUGAAUGAAUGAAAUGGGAGUUUUAGCCUCUAGAGCGACCACAAGAUUUUUCAAAGUGAUCAAGGGCUUUAACUCUGGCAGUAAUUAUCUGAAAUCAUUGAAAAUUAGUAGGAUUCUGUGUAUAAGUUUAAAGUCAAUCAGAUAUUAACUUUAGCCUCAAGAGCUUCUACAAGAUUUUUCAAAGUCAUCAAGGGCCAUAACUCUGGCAGUAAUUAUCGGAAAGCGGUGAAAAUCAAUAGGCUUCUUCGUCUCAUGACCUUAAACACUGGGUAUAAAUUUAAAGUCAAUCGCAUAUUAACUUGAGCCUCUAGAGCCAGUAAUCAAGGGCCAUAACUCUGGCAGUAAUUAAUGAAAAUCGCUGCAAAUCAAUAGGCUUCUUCAUCUCAUGACCUUAAACACUACGUAUAAAUUUUAAGUCAAUCGGAUGUUAACUUUAGCCUCUAGAGUGUCCACAACGAAUGGGGGCGACAACAAUAUAUGACCUCAUUUCAAUGUGUCCGUAUAAAAAGAAAUAAAAUUGACCUACUAGUAUAUGGUUGAGAUUUUAGAUGAGAUCAUCCUCAAAUGAUAUUUGACAUAUCAUGCACAAUGUAGAAAUUGAUUGUAAUGUAACCGCAAAUUAAUUUCAACAUAAAAUACUGAUAUUAUUACUAUGUGUUGGUAUUAUUAUAUAGAUAAUACAUUAAGCUUAAUUGUAGGCCCGACAAAAUAGAGAUUUAUACAUAUCACAAUACUCCUCUCAGUGUUUUGUUUAAUUAGACCUAAUCCCACUUAACACUGCCUUAAUGAAAGGAAAUUUCUGUUCCAAAUUAUGAUUGGUCAAUAGUCCCAUUAACAACCAAUAACUAACUGCGUAAAAAUAUCAUUCAAGUUUAAACAGAGCUCCAAAUAUGUUUACAUAACAUUAUGUCAUGACUCACGAAAUUUAUUAUGCCCAAUUAACCAUUGCAUAAAAACUAAUUGCGUGACAAACGAGGCUAUUAAAACGGCUACAAUGUAAACAAUACUGUUUGGAGACGAACAAUACUGUCCAAAUUUUUAGGGAAGACCUCAGAUUAAACAAAGGGCUGUCAUGUUGCUGUACUUAGGAGAGAUUUGACUGAACGGGAAGAAUAGGCACACUCCCUCAAAAACUCAAGUAUCAGAAGUCAAUUCAGUAAUGGCCAAAGAGGGAUUUCAUGGGCCAUUGCUUCAGGAAUAUGACAUAUCAUUAUAUUCACAAUCUUUUUCUCAUUCAGCACCUACAGUCAUUGAAAAAUAAAUUAUUCCCCUUUUAUAAAGAAUACUGUAGAGCAUGUUUUGUUUCCAAAUAUUAAAUUGCCACAUAAUCUUCCAAAAGUAGCAAUAGUAACAGUUACAAAUAGAUCAUGAUAUGAAAAGUUGAAUGUAUUUUGUAUGGUAUUAGUAACAGUGAGUAUGAAUGUAAUCUCAAAUACAAGUAUAAAUGUAAUAAUAUCAAAUGUAAAAUAAAUAAAUGUAAUAUGAAAUAUGUCUGAAUAUAACAUCAAGUACAUGCACGAAUGUAAUAACAAAUACAUACAUGUAUGUGAUAUUGUAUCGCACAGUAUGAUGACUGCCAAAACAUCUCAUCUUAUAUUUCGCACCUACGCAGUUCCUUCUUCCUUCAUGUGGAACAUAUUUGAUAACAUCUUUAUUUUAUCAUGUUAAUCAUCUGGAACACUAAGCACUAUAACUUUGACAAAGUAUCUCAUUACUUAUGAUAAAUGUAAAGAAUUAGGAUAGAGAUAAAAGUUCUGUUUGUUUAGUUUGUUGUUGUAGGAAGUCAUAGAUCACAAUAUUUAUAUUUAGUACUUGUAUAUAGUGUAACAUUAAUUAUCAUUCAUAAUGCAUUGCAUGCUAAUUUCUAUUCAUAAGAUUUCUAAUUGAUUUUGUACCGAGGUGGUUCACCCCAUAUUUUUGUUUUUAAUUAUCUAAGAUGUUCAACCUAAUUUUAUGAAGCAUAAUUCAUUUAUGUGGCUGGCAUGCUUAGAUAUGUAAUGUUUAAUAAAAUUUAAAAUUAUUGUUGAGGUUAUAUUAGGUUUGUUUUAACAUUGGAAUAUACAUGUAUGUUUUAGUAAAAAAUGUCCCAUCUAAUAACUAAGACAAUUGUAAUGGGAUCCCUGUAUAAUUAUAAAUUGUAAUAUUCUUUUAGAAAGUACAAUAUUAACAUCAUUGAACUUUUACACAAUGAGAAUAGAUUGUGUAAGGUUCGAAUACACUGAGCUGUAUUUCUUUUCGUCCGUUUGACGUUUUUUGAGUUAGUGAGUAAAAGGGAACAUAGACCAGCAGAUCCCAGAUUUUCUUGUGUCAAUCCCCCUCUCAAUGGUGCAGGAAGAGGUAAAAAAUGAACAAGCGGUUGUCAUGCAAGAUACGCCCACAUUUUGCAAAAGAUGGACAGUAAACAAGCUAAGAAAAAAAAGCAAUUUUUCGUAAAAUCUGGGGACAUAAUCCAGAAAGUUGUGGUUCAAUGAGCGCGAAUAUCAAAAGGAAUCGAAAUCUCUGGGAUAUAAACAUAUAUUUUAAGUGUCAUCAAAAUCAGAUAACCAGCGGCUGCCAGGCAGGAUACGCCCACAUUUUCGAGAGAUAGAGAACAAGCUAAAAAGAAAGUGAUUUUCCUACAAUCAAGGGCCAUAAUUCAAGAAAUUACAAUUCGGUAUGCGCAAAUAUCGAAAGGAACCGAGAUCUUUGGGUUAUAAACUUACAUUUCAAGUUUCAACAAAAUCGGAUAAAAAUUGUGACCUCUAUAGGGUCCACAACCUUGAUAUACCAUAUUUUUACGCCAUUUGAGAACGAAGUGCGGGCAUUUUGUCUUUCAGUUUUGGGCCGAUUUUCACGAAAUUCGAACUUAGCCAUCCUUAGGGUGUAACGGUGAUAUAAUAAUACGUUUUUUUUAAAUCGGAUAAAAAUUAUGACCUCUAUAGGGUCCACAAGCUAAAAACGUGAUUUUUCGUACAAUCAGGGGCUAUAAUUCAUGAAGUUACGGUCCCAUAUGCCCAAAUAUCGAAAGGAACCGAGAUCUUUGGGUUAUAAGCAUACAUUUCAAGUUUAAACCAAAUCGGAUAAAAAUUAUGACCUCUACAGUGUUCACAAGCUAAAAACAUGAUUUUUCGUACAAUCCGGGGGCCAUAAUCCAUGAAGUUAGAGUUAGAUACAUGCCAAUAUCGAAAGGAACCAAUAUCUUAGUGUGAUAAACCUAUAUUUCAAGUUUCGUUGAAAUCGGAUAAAAAUUGUGCCCUGUAGACUGUACACAAACAGCGGCGACGACGACAAUAAACGUCCACAUGAAAAUUUGGGCGUAUAAAAAUUCUGACCUCUAGAGGUUCCACAACCUUGGUAUUACAUACAUUUACACUAUUUUCGUACAAGGAGCGGCCCUUUUGUCGGACAGUUUCAGUCUGAUUUUCACAGAAUUUGAACUCAACCAUUAUUAGGUUGUAACACUGAUAUAUUUAAACAUUUUUUUAAAAAUCGGAUAAAAAUUGUGCAAUCAGGGGCCAUAAUCCUGGAAGAUACAAUCCGUUGUGCGUGAAUAUCAAAAGGAACUGAGAUUUUGGGAAUAUAAACAUAUAUAUUAAGUUUCAUCAAAAUCGGACAAAAAUUGUGACCUUGAUAUUACAUUUGUGUUCAAGGAGCAGCCAUUUAGUAAGGCAGUUUCGGUCCGAUUUUUACUAAACCAUUAUUAGGGUGUAAACGGUGAUGCAUUUAAAAGAUUUUUAAAAUCGGAUAAAAAUUGUGACCUAUAGAGGGUCCACAAGCUAAAAUCACAAUUUUUGAGUACACUCAGGGGCCAUAAUCCAGGAACUUAAGGUUUGAUAUGCACGAAUAUUGAAAGCAACCGAGAUCUUUGGGUCAUAAACACAUGUUUUAAGGUUCAUCAAAAUUGGAUCAAUAUUGUGACCUCUAGAGGGUCCAAAAACUUGAUAUUACAUACUAAU